AUGGCGGACGCCAUUACCGAAGGUACAGCUAAGCUGCAGCUCGACGAAGAGACCGGCGAGAUGGUCUCCAAGAGCGAAUUGAAGAAACGUCUCGCGAAACGCGCAAAAAAGGCAAAGACAGAAGCCGCCAGAGCAGCAGCACCACCCAAGGAGAACGUCAACAAGGAUAACGCCGCUGCGAAAAAGGCCAAACCGGAGGAGGCUCAGCUCGAUCCAGACGCGAUGUUCAAGGAGGGAUUUUUGGCAAAAGUUUACGAUGAGCGGCCGACUGGAAAGGAUACUGUGACUCGGUUUCCGCCUGAACCCAAUGGAUUCUUGCAUUUAGGUCAUGCUAAGGCUAUUGCGAUCAAUUUUGGCUUUGCGCGUUACCACGGUGGAGUAACGAAUCUUAGGUUCGACGAUACCAAUCCCGAGGCGGAAGAAGAAAUAUACUUCAAAUCAAUCAUCGAAGUUGUGGAGUGGCUCGGCUUCAAGCCACACGCCAUUACAUACUCGAGCGACAACUUCCAGAGACUAUAUGACCUCGCCGAGAAGCUCAUCCAGAUAGAGAAAGCAUAUGUCUGCCACUGCAACGAGGCCGAAAUCAAGCUCCAGCGAGGAGGAGAAAAGGGCACUUCGCCACGCUACCGCUGCGCGCACGCCGAGCAGGAUGUCGAGACGAAUUUGCAGAAAUUCCGGGAUAUGCGUGACGGAAAAUACCAGCCACAGGCUGCAUUUCUUCGAAUGAAGCAGGAUAUCACCAGUGGCAACCCUCAGAACUGGGACCUUGCGGCGUACCGAGUGCUCUCGAAGGCGCAUCACCGAACCGGCGACAAAUGGGUUAUUUAUCCUACCUACGACUUUACGCACUGCAUUGUCGAUAGUUUCGAGGGCAUUACCCACAGUUUGUGCACCACAGAAUUCCAGCAGUCACGAGAGAGUUACGAAUGGUUAAACAAGACUUUGUCUCUGUACGAACCGAUGCAGCGCGAAUACGGCCGCUUGAAUAUCACUGGCACGAUCAUGAGCAAACGAGGACUCAAGAAACUGAUUGACGGCAAGUAUGUGCGAGGCUGGGAUGAUCCCCGCCUAUACACAUUGAUCGCACUUAGAAGGCGCGGUGUGCCACCGGGCGCAAUUCUCUCGUUCAUUAAUGAGCUCGGUGUUACCACAUCAAACUCAUUGAUCCAGCUCAAGCGAUUCGAACAGAGCGUGCGUAACUAUCUCGAAAGGACAGUCCCUCGACUCAUGAUGGUCCUUGAUCCUCUACCAGUCGUUAUUGAAGACGCCGACACUCUUGAGUCCAGCGAACGCGACCUCACCAUCCCGUUCUCACCUAGGAUACCCGCAUUCGGAAAUCAUCCCCUCCGACUCACAAGCACGGUCUACAUCGACCGCUCCGAUUUCCGCGAAGUCGAUAGCAAAGACUACUUCCGUCUUGCCCCCGGCAAAACUGUCGGCUUACUACAGAUGCCCUACCCCAUCACCGCAACAACCUUCACCAAAGACGCAGACGGCAAAAUCACCGAAGUCCGCGCAGUCUUCCAAAAGGAAGGCAAGAAACCCAAAACCUACAUCCAAUGGGUUCCCGAGGGAUCACGUAAAGCGGAAGUUCGCAUUCACACAGCCCUUUUCAAAUCCGAGGAUCCAGCUGGCGUCGAAGGCGGAUUCUUGAAUGAUAUCAGCCCCAACAGUGAAACGAUUUAUCCUGACGCUCUACUUGAGCCUGGAUUCGAGGAAGUGCGUCGCAGAGCUCCAUGGCCGGAGGCGGAGGGCGAGAAGGAAAAAGCUGGACCGGAGAGUGUGCGCUUCCAGGCAAUGCGUAUUGCAUAUUUUGCCGUGGACUCGGAUUCUACAGAUGACAACGUCGUCCUCAAUCGCAUCGUAUCUCUCAAGGAAGACACCGGAAAGAGCUCUUGA